CUGACCCACAAGACGUUGCGUGAUCAUUUCAUAGAGAGUGGCCCAAGAUCAAACAUGGCUGGGCGAAUUCUUCCAUUUUGGGUAGCAGUUUGGCUCGUUAUUUCAAGUAUUGUGGUCACGAUCGAUGCUUUGUUUGUACUUUUACGACCCCAUACACUACCAGAUGGAAAAUGGAACUUCCUUUUUGAACCAUACAACAUUUUCAUCGAAGUUGAUCCUAGGUACAAAGAUCUGAAAGACACAUUUGUCAUUGGGCAAAGCUUCAUGAAUUUGUUGGAGAUGUGUCUCAACAUCGUCAUUUUGACAAUGCAAAACAGCAGCAAAGAUGGAUUGGCAGUGUUGCUUGCCUUCAUGGUGAGCACAAUGACAUUAUCCAAGACAGUGUUUUAUUUCCUUGUCUCCAGCAAGUUGUGUAGUGGCCAUCACUUUCUGAGCCACAAUGAUUGGAAGACAUUAGUUUUUUUAUUUAUUGUUCCAAAUGGAAUCUGGAUAGUUCUUCCCUUACUCUGUAUGGUGGCCACAGGACAAAUAAUGAUUGAUCACAUGAGAAAUGGACAACCAUCAGAAGAAAAACAUCUGAAAUCUCAGUAAAUUUCUGCUGAACCAUAGCCCCAUACAUAUUAUUUUUCAUCUUGAAAAAUAAUAGCUGAGAUUGAAUAGUAGUUUAGCCUGCAAUGCAAGUGGUUGAUUGUCAAUCAGAGGUAGAUUGCACCAUGCCACAGGCUACAAAUAGUCAUGAUUGUAAAAAAAAUUUCGAAAUGACAUUUUCACAAAAUAAACUAUUUCCCUUCACAAAAAUGACUUCAAUCGUUUCUACUCUUCAUUCUUUACAAGCCUAUGAUAUCUUUUUUUCCUUCUCAGCUACCCAUGUUUUGAAUGGCAAGGGGACUUAUGGAAAUUCCUCAAACCAAGAGAAAUUAAUCUUGCCAAAACUGUCCCUCACGAUUGAAAGAGCGAUUACCAAAGAUAUGCCUCUUGCAGAAUGUGAAACUUGUUGUGCUUUGAGGAGAUUCAAGGGCAGAUUAUGUAAAUGGAGGGAAUUUAAAAAUCACAAGCCUCCUCUUGCUUUGAAAACGCAAAAAAUGCCAUCUGUUUUACAGGUUCUACCCUUGUACGAAAUGUAUCGCAGGCAGUAAAUAAAAUUCAUAGUUGGAUGUUGGAAAU